ACAUUAACAUAUACGUGCAGAGCCCUACAGUGAAUUGUUCCCCAGUAAGAUGGGGGGGGGGGGGGGCAGAGUUCUUCAGAAUGUUAAACAAAAAGUUUCCAUUCUAGCAUGAACUCCCAUGGACUAGAGUGCCACUUUUUCAGAUGUUUAUGCCAAAAAAUUUUAAAAGUCUGUUAGUUUUGAACGUGCUGCAAGACCCCUCUUAUUUCUGCUGCAAGAGACUCAAAAGACUACAUCUUGGGAAUUACUACCAUGAUGAUUUCAGAAGGGCAUAACUGUACUCCUGUGAGGACUCACUGGGCCAAAGGUGCCCAGUCAGAAGGAAAGGGGACAUUGUCGUUGAGAUCGAUUCCUUCAUCGCGAGCCGCCGUUGCGUACUACUCAGAGAGCCCUCAACGGUCAUUUCUCAACGGUUUUCCCCGUGCAAAAGACGGUCGAAUAUCGUCCCACCUCAAGCGCUCUGCUCACCAUGAAGGGGCGGAGGCCGAGGGGGUGGCUCCCUCCCUCGCCCCACGUUGGGGACGAAACCUAUUCUCCUCCCCCCGCCCUGACUAACAAAUGGGAUAUUCACGAAGAGGAACUCCUCCAGAGACAGCGUCGCCUCCCAGCCGCUUUAUAAAAGAGGUCCCCGGCCAGCUUCGUGCCGUCGCCGUCCAGGAGCUGACCAGGACGAAAUAAUGCGAGACGCCGCCUCGUGCUCCUUCGUGGCCCUGGGACUUCUGCUGAUCGCAGCAGCUCAGCCCUCCAAGAACCGGCAGCUGCAAAGACCGAGGUCUUUUAAAUGUGGUGGUGUUGUAACUGGAUUAUCAGGGUUAAUUGGCAGUGAAGGAUAUCCAGGAGUCUACCCUCCAAACAGCAAGUGUACUUGGAAAAUCACAGUUCCUGAAGGAAAAGUAGUUGUUCUUUCCUUUAGAUCCAUAGACUUGGAGAGUGAUAACUUGUGCAGAUAUGACUUUGUGGAUGUGUACAAUGGCCAUGCCAAUGGACAACGCCUUGGCAGAUUCUGUGGCACUUUCAGACCGGGUGCUCUGGUAGCCAAUAGCAAUAAAAUGUUGGUGCAGAUGAUUUCAGAUGCCAAUACAGCCGGAAAUGGCUUUGUUGCAAAAUUUUCUGCAGCAGAACCACAUGAGAGAGGAGAUCAGUAUUGUGGUGGGCUACUGGAUAAGCCUUCUGGAUCCUUUAAAACUCCUAAUUGGCCUGAUCGAGAUUACCCAGCAGGUGUGACCUGCUCAUGGCAUAUUGUUGCACCAAAGAAUCAGCUAAUAGAGUUAAAGUUUGAAAAAUUUGAUGUGGAAAGAGAUAACUACUGCAGAUACGACUAUGUAGCUGUGUUCAAUGGUGGGGAGAUUAACGAUGCUAAACGAAUUGGAAAAUACUGUGGCGACAGUCCACCAGCGCCUAUUGUGUCCGAGAAAAAUGAGUUGCUUGUUCAGUUCUUGUCAGAUUUAAGUUUAACUGCUGAUGGAUUUAUUGGUCACUACAAAUUCAGACCUAAAAAGUUGCCUGUAACUGUGUCACCAACUACCACUACAAUUCGCCCUGCCAUACCAUCUUUGAAACCUACAGUUGCCCUGUGCCAGCAAAAAUGCAGAAGAAGUGGAACCCUAGAGAGCAAUUACUGUUCGAGUAACUUUGUAAUAACUGGAUCUGUAAUCACAACAAAUACCAGAGGUGGAAGCUUGCAUGCAACAAUAUCAAUUAUUAAUGUAUACAAAGAAGGAAAUUUAGCAAUCCAGCAAGCUGGCAAAAAUUUGAGUGCCAAGAUAGUUGUUGUCUGUAAGCAGUGUCCUGUUCUCAGAAGAGGACUAAAUUAUGUUAUCAUGGGCCAGGUGGAAGAGGAUGGCAGAGGUAAAAUUUUGCCCAGCAGCUUUACCAUGAGUUUCAAGACUAAGAAUCAGAAAAUUCUGAAUACCUUGAAAAAUAAACAAUGUUGAAAUGUGAAUUCUUACAGCUUUAUCCUGUCACCUGUUAUCCGUCUACUCUUCAUGCCAUUUCUAUGGAUGAUAUGUUUCCCACAUUUUUCAACAAUAGAAUUCUCAUUGACUGAGAUUCCAAAUAUAAACACAUUUGAUACCAAUGUUGUAUUUCAAAACUUCAGCAAUACCAGCCAGCCUGAAACAUAACAUUUUAUUUCAGCAUGGAAACUAUUAAUUUAUACUUGUCUCAGAAAAUUUUCUAGAAAUGAGUUAUUUGGUAAUAUGUAAGUGCAAUAUUUAUAUAAUAAUUUCUUUUUAACUUAGUGCUUCUGUUUUAUUGCAUUAUCUUUUACACAUAAUAAAAACUUAUGAGAUUACCCAACAGGUUUUAUUUUUAGCAAGAAAAAAUAAGACAUUAUAAAAAAUAGAAAACUUUAGACUGCCAUUUUGGAGAUUAAUAAUAGCAGCAUAAAAGUUUCUUUGUGGUAUAAUUACAAGUCUCUCCCAGCUAGCAUUAUAAUGUAACUAGCAAUAAAGUCUGUUGUGUAAAAAAAAAUACAGUAGGCUAUAGAAAACUAUUCCUCCCAGGGCAAGAGACGUGGACAGGGCAUGUUUACAGGAAAUGGUGCUUGGCAGAAGCACUGAAAUUGCGCUCCCUCAAAGAUUCCAGCUUUGCCAAGGAGGGCAGCAGGGUGCCUAUGAAGAUGAGGAGAACUCUCCCCAUCUUCACAGGCACCCCCCAUUUGCAAAGAAGGGGGAACCAGCAGGGUUCCUGUGAAGGUGGGGAGCCCAUUGUGUGAAAAAAUACAAUGGGCUCUUAACAAGUGGACAAUACCUGAUUUUUUUUCUUCCGUUUUCUCCCAUCUCUACUUCUCACUCCAUUCUGUCACCCCAAAUAUCUUUCUGGCCCCCUACCUUAGUUCUUUCUGCCCUGCUUCCCCAGCUCUCUCUUUCUCUGUCUUUCUGCCCUGCUGGGAGACCUUGGGCCAGUCACACAGUCUAACCUACUCCACAGGGUUAUUGUGGGGAUAAAAUGGAAAACAGAUCAACACAAGGUGCUUUGGGUCUUCAUUGGAAAGGAAUACAGUAUUAAUAAGUAAACGAAUAAAUAAAUAACUUGGAAAUGAUGCCCAUGAUGUACCCAGGAGCAAUCCACAAUUUCACUCUCAUGUCAACCUGAGCUUUGGAGACAGAAUAAACAAUCGUUCAAAAA